AGGGCCAUAGUGGCAAACUCGUCAAACCGUGUCUUUUUCUUCGUCCUGGCUCGCGGUCAUUACGCGGGAUAGAGGUUCGGAUCAUACGAAUGAAGCGUUCAAAAAGGAGGCCUCACCGGGGAUGCCCCACUACCAUGAAAGCCUGCGUCGCGAAGAAGCAAUGAAGCGUUGAGACGCGAACACCGACAGUGUCGGGUAGUUUUUAUUACGACUAAGAUCAUUUACGUUUGAAAAGGUGAUUGACUAAUAACGUAAAUAAAUUCACGUGAGUAGAAUUUGUCGGCUGACCGGACCAAAAGGAUCCGAGGAAUUCCUCUGUGGUUUUCCGUCAGUUGAAGCGUAAAUAACGAUGAACGUACGCCGUUUCCUCGCAGUGAACACAGGAACGGUAUCGAGAGAAUCGUUCGGUGAUUCGAUUAGGUCGAGAGGGUUUCGUGUGUUCCGCACGUUAGAGUCAAGGCUCGUGCGAUAAUUGUGACAGUGAUUGAUUCGUGCAGUUCCGAAGAAUCUACGAGGCUGCGAAGAUUCGUCGGUUAUGGGAACGGGAAAACCGGUUGACAUGAUCGUGCACGUUGAAGUUUGUGUAGCGACACGCGUUUGAUCGGUACCUUGGUUAUAUCAGAGAAAGUCGGACAAAAUGUGAAGAGAAAGCGAUUGUAAUUUUACCGAUCGAGGAAAACGAUGAAUUGUGCCGAUUUUCCUUUAAACGCGAUUAUUCAUACUACGACGUUCGAUCUUUGACAGAGGUUAUCGUUUGUGAGGGUACCAAGAUGAUCAGCGUAAUCGUUCAGGUGGCGCUGUUGGUGCAUUUUCUUCAGCUGAUCGUCCAGGUAACGGGUCAAUCGCCGUGUCCUAACUACUUCCGGUACAUUCAGGAUGAUCAUACAAACGAAGUGAUUGGUUAUAUUGAGAUACCAUCGCCUCCGAAAGGAGUUGCUUUGCAAUUAAGUGUCACUUUAAGCAUCGCCGUUGCAUUACCAUCGAAAUAUGUUGGUCGACUUGAAUUAGCGAAGUCGAGGGAGGAGUCGGUUAGAGCUGUAAGGCAGGGCAGGCCCCUGAUGUACAAAAUCCAUUUCCCUCUUCGUCGACCAAUUCCCGUCUUAACUGGUUUAUGGUUCAAUAAUCAGUUGAUCUGUUCCGGUCAACGUGCAACCGGACCAAUUGUAACAUCUAUCGUCUUGAACCACACCCUGUAUCCACCGGGGGUAUUGCCCCUUUCCGAGGAUCAAGGGAAUAUGAUUCCAAAUUAUCCAAAGAUAGAUAACGUAUCUCAAAAUUAUCCGAAAGUAAAUAACGUAUCAUCAGAUUAUCCCAAGGUAGACAAUAUACCUCCAAAUUAUCCAAAAAUAGAUACGUCACCUUCUCCGCCUGUUUCGCCUGAAACGCCAAUUUUUGAACCCUUUUUACCGCCGAACACAGUGGUACCAAAUGGUACACCUAAGCCACCUCCCAGCAACGGAAACAAUAAUUUCGAAUGUGGACGUAGCAGUAACACGAUCAAGAUUAACCCUUUAGUUGCCGGAGGUGUGAAAGCAUCCCCUGGUCAUUGGCCCUGGCUGGUUGCAAUUUUUAUUGUGAAAUUCGACUUUAUGUUCCAGUGCGCGGGCACAUUGGUGACUAAUACUCAUAUUAUUACAGCUGCGCACUGUUUUCAAUUAGAUGACACGAACCUACCUUCUGGAACAUUGUUGGUGUCCUUGGGUCGGUAUCGUCUUCGAGAUUGGAGAGAGAAGGGUUCAGUAAACCGGGAAGUCGCCGAAUACAGGCUUCAUCCUGAUUAUAAUACCAGUGGUAACGCGGAUGCUGACCUAGCCGUGUUGAUUCUACGAGAAAGGGUGGAAUACAGCGCGGUGAUUAAGCCAAUUUGUCUUUGGUCAGGAGCCAUCAAUCUGGAGAGCGUUGUGGGGAAGUAUGGAUACGUGGUGGGCUGGGGACGUGAUGAAUUGGGGAAUCCUUAUGUUCAAGAACCUCGGCAGACCAGAUCACCGAUAGUAUCUCAGGAAGUUUGCCUCUGGAGCAACGAAAAUUUCGUUUCAUUUACCUCGAACCGGACGUUUUGCGCCGGUUUACGAAACGGAAGUGGUCCCUGCAACGGCGACAGCGGAAGUGGCUUCGUGAUGUUCGAUAGCAAAACGGAACGUUUUUAUCUUCGAGGGGUCGUCUCGAGAUCACUUUUGGACAGCAGUACUAUGUCCUGCGAUCUAAAGCAAUACAUUGUCUAUGUGGACGUCGCCAAACAUUUGGACUGGAUACGAAACCAGACCUCCACGUAGAUUAACGAUCUGUAACAAUAAAUAUGCUAGUCGACCAGCUUUUUUGUAUAAAUUAUUUUAACGAUAUCAAAAUCUUUGAAUAGUUGAUUGUAAUUUGUAAGAUACUGAAUCGAUAGGUCGAUUAAUUGACGAUAUUGUUAUUCCUUUCUGUACCGGUGUCUUUAAAUAUAUUUUGUCAUAUUAAUGGAAGGAUCGAAAUAACUGCAACUCUUCUCGUAAUAUUAAACAUUCUUGUUUUAAUCAUAUUUCAAU